ACCCUGACAUUAAACAACGAGUGAUAGUGUCAUUAUGUUUACUUCUGUGGAAAUGUAACCUAACAUUUUGAAAUAUGAAAAAAGUAUUGUUUGUGAUUUUUUGUGCUAUAUUUACAUGUUCGGAAGAGGUUGUACAGUCAAGCAUACCGUCACAUUUGCUGGAAUGCUAUCGAGGCGAAACUCCUUUUCUUGGAGCUCCGAAGAGACUUGACGUAUUUCUUUCGCUCCUAAGGCGAUUGGAAUUGAAUACAAAACUUGAUAUGAGAUUAUUUAGUGCAGCAUUGCUAAGAAGUCUUCGGCUUGACGGUAUCGAACUGUUUCCUAACCUGGUAGAGACAGAAUUCGUCUUACCAUACCGAGCAUCUGCAUUUCAAUUUAAUAGAUACAAGUUACUAAUGGAAUUGUUUUUACCGAGUCAGAGUGAUCUUAUAAAUGUGGACGAAAGUCUUAAUAGUAUAGAGAAAUGUCUCCUCCACAAAAUGAUCAGUUCAACGGUACAGCCAUGGGAACGGGGUGACGAAAAUGUUGUUUGCCCAUUAUCCGUGCAGCAUCGACAUAUGCAACAAAGCGCAAACAGGUUGUAUAGCAGAUGCCCUAUUGAGGAUGGUGUAAUCCAGACUGAAUGGGGUACUGUAUCCCCAGGUACCAUAAUAGCAGCGAUUGCUUCCUCCUUACAAAUACAAAGUGUGUCAAUUAAGGAUAUUUUAAACGCAAAUAUAUUCCGAGCAGAAAUAUCACAAUCAUUACUAGAUUCAGCUAUGGAAGAUUGGAAUACGAAAACUGAAGUAUUUGAAAUAGAUGAUAUGGAUGCUGAAACAAAUGUCGGUAUCAGUAACAUAUGGGCCGCAACUCUGGCAGGUGAUUUAGCAGAGGUUGUUGUAAAUCAAGGUCCGAGAGUCGGAGCAUCAUCACAUAAUAUAAUAGUAGGUAGCAGUAAUCGAUGGAACGACACUAUUCUCCCAAGGGACUAUCACCUCUUCCCCCAGAAUGGAACGUCACGUAUUUGGCAUUUCACAGAUGCGGAAAUUUUAGCUGGUAUUGACGGACUUAUAUUAGCCAAUUAUUUACCGACAUGGGUCAGCCAACGACGGAGCUUGCGGUUAUCGCAAGUAAUAGAGAUGUAUUAUUCAAAUGAAGGAGUAUCCUUUGAACCGUCUGUCCGCGCUUGUAACAGGCUAGCGUUGUUUUCGAAGAUCAACAGCUCACAGUUGUUUACUGAAGCUUCUAGAUUCGCACAGAUUUUAUCUCUGCAACAGAUAACUGUCUAUAUUCCUAAGGAUGUAAUGGAGAGAAUAACGGAGGCAGCGGUCACGGCUUUCAUGAGUUAUGUUCCAACAGUACUGAGGCAGAAUCACAAGGAAUGUAAAAAGUCUUCCAGCGUUCCAACCAUCGACCUGAUCGUGGCGACCGACUCGAGUUGGAAGGGUUAUGAAGUAGAGCAAUUUAUGUCGUGGAUAGGAGGCGCUUUGGAAUUGGAGUCACAGCGCAGUACAAUAGCACUGGUGCACGGCAACACCGGCCAGUGGAUCGUGCCGCCCGCCGACAACUUGACGUGCUUUUACAGUACUAUCGCGAAUAAUACAAUACAAUGGCCAAAUCGUCUAAAUCUACCGAAUGUUAUAUCAAGAAUCAUCCAACACAGUCGGAACCAGACGUUACAAGGUAUAUCGGACAGGAUAAGCGCUGGUCGGAGCACCGUAGUUCUCGUCAUAAGCCCUACGGAUCGACAAGCGACUGACGAGAUAGAACGUUCGAGAAUACUGAUGGCUUCCUUGCGAAGGAGCUUCUUUGACACCUACUUCGCUUAUGUGGCGCAAGAUAUAAGAGAUUUUCAAAAUAUUAACAAUGAGUACCUUGAUUACUCAGAAUUGUUUUUAACGGUUGAUUCAAUAUCAAUUCCAGACGUCAUUAGCAAAGUGGAUAGCGAUCUGGUAAAAAGUAAUAUUCCAUCUAAAAUAGUCGGAGCUCAAUGUCAGGUUAAUGGCACCGAAUUUUACCAAAUCGCCUACGAAGAUUACGUGUUGCCAGGCCGUGAACAGUCGUACCGUAUUCAUCCGUUUUACUUACAGAGACAAUCCGACAUUCAUGUUCAGUUCCGAAACGAUGGCCAAGGAAAGAUAUUGGUCUGCCAAUGGCGCGGUGCUGAUGACUCUCACUUGUGUCACACCAUAAACGAGCGUGAAGUCUACACUUUUAACAUAACAAACCCAUGCCCUUCACCGGAGUUCUGUCUUCCGGCUCAUUUCGCCGUCUCAGCGCUAACAACUCAAAAUUUGUGUGCACAUAACGAGUGUCGCCUGCCUCACCAAGUAGGUUACUACAUUCAACAUUCUGGUUUCCGGUGCUUGCCUCUGCUGGGCUCCGCGAUCAAAAUGUCGCCGCUUUGGAAAGUACAUCUCGCACUUUCUCUUGUGAUCUCAUUAUCAUAUUAUGUUUAAUAAAAAUUUAAGAAAUU